UUGACACAAAAUUCUAUUUGCAACACCCAUCACCAGGUGGCACUCGCAGCAAUUAUAGCACAGUUCGCUGUAUGACAGUUUAGCACAGAUCUGGCAGUCGACGAUCCGCGCUCCGCGAGAUAGUUUCUUGGUGGAGAGAGAGGAAUUUCCUCCGUAAAAGUUUACAUCGAAUUAGUGCUAAUCAGCCAUCAGAGCACCUCCUCGCAAGAUGCUGUGAUCAAUCCGUCCGCUGGUGUGUCAAUCAUCAGAGGAUUUGUGUGCUGGCGUGCGUGAAAAACCGUCCUUUUCUUUAGCUUUGCGUGAAUUUUCUUUGUGUUCUGCUGCGGCCUUUCCAUUGUGUUGUGUGUCUCGGCGCUUUUCCUGGGAAAUCGCCAUGGGCUUCCUGAGGCUGUCCGAGUGCUGUCGCACGGUGCUGCGUGUGGAGCAGGACUUCCUCGAGGACUUCAGCUUCCGCGAUGUGGCCAGGGAGAUGGAGAGAGUGUUCAGCGCCGAAGAGUGCCGCAGCAUCUUGGCGGAGGCCACAGAGGAGUCCCGGACGGAGAAGAUGCUCUUCUUGCUCAUGUACAAGAGGCCACAGGCACUGAGGCUCUUCCAGGAGGUGCUGCUGAAGGACUACGAUUGGCUCAGUGAGAGAAUCACCGAAUCUGGCGUGACAAAUGAGCGAUUCUGGGCUUAUGAGAAGUGCAUCCGAGAGAGCAAUAUCCCAAAUAAUCGAUCAGGAGUGAUUUACCGAACGGAUUUGCUGUGGCAGGCGCGGAAGGUGCUGGAGAGUCUGAAGGAGUGCAACUACCUUGUCAUCCAUGGGAAUACGGGUUCCGGAAAGCGCUGGCUGGCCAUUGACGCGUGCUGUGAUCAUCGAGUGAUCAGUGCCAUGAACUACAGAAUCUUCUGGCUCAGCGUCACGGAUUGCGUGAAGCCGGAAAAGAUUCUGAGCAAGAUGGAGUGUCUGAAGGCGAUGCUGCGUGAUGCACUGGACAAGGAGGUGCUUCUGCUGGAGCGGAAGAAUGGCUAUAUCUCGGUGGAGGCCAAGAUGGAGGCUGAGCGGAGUGAUUUGCGUCAGAUGAUGCGACAUGAGAGCUUGAGGGAUUGUCUGCUGGUGCUGAAUGAUCUGCAGAAUGAAAUGACACAGGCGGCCUUUGAUUUGCACUGCAAAAUCUUGGUUACCACGAGGAAUCGAUGCAGCAUGGCGCGUGUGAAUGAGCAGAAGAAGACACUGCUGUCCACAAAUGGUGGGCUGACGGAGAGUGAGUGCUUCUGUCUGUUUGAGCACGCUCUGGCGCAGCCUGUGCAGCAGAAUCACCUUCGCGGCUACAUCAAUCAAAUCCACCGCGUCAUCAAUGGUAGUCCUGAUCUGGUGGCCAAAAUUGCGAAGAAUCUCCUCGGUGUCUUCGAUGGGAAUGUGGAGAGGCGUCUGAGGGAGUGGCUGGCGUGUCUGCGCGAGGGUGUGGAGAAUAAUCGCACGAAGAGUGUGAUGGAGGAGUCACUGAAGGUGCUGGACAAUGAGCAGGCGGAGUUGUACAGACGAUUGGCAAUCUUUCCGCCCAAUUGUCUGAUUCCCAUUCCUGUUCUCGCGCAAUAUUACCACCUCAGCACUAUGCAAGUGGAGGAAUUGGUGAGAAAACUGGAGAAGUUUUCCCUCCUGGAGAUUGACUAUGUACAAAUGGCGAAUGGUGAGUCACAGAUGAUGUGCAGAAUUCACUUCAUCUGUGCACAAUAUCUCAUGAGGAGCACCAAGAGGAAUCAUCUGGUGGAGUUUCAUCGUCAAUUCACCGCCAAGUAUGAAAUCCAGAGAGUUUUGGAAGCACGAACGGAACCGAAUGUCCUGAAAUUUCCCAAUGAUCACUAUUUCUACACCUUCAUUGGCUAUCAUUUGAUCCACGGUGAACUCUUUGACACCUUUGUUCAGCUCUUCAGUGACUUUGGCUUCCUGGAGGUGAAAAUCCGCGAAUCCGGUCUGACCAACACCAUUGGGGAUCUGAGGAUGUAUCAGGAAUUGGGAUCUCCAGUGGUCUUUCCCUUCUUCGAGCACCUGCAGUACUUCCUGCCGAAUAUUGAGGCACGAAUCUACCAAUCCAGAGAUCUAACACUCCUGCAACAGGCUCUGGGCGGCUCUUUUGCCAUCGCGAGCGAAGCGAGACAGCAAUUGAUGCAAUUCCCGGACAAAUUGUGGUUUCGCAUGAAUUGCAUCGCCAAGUGGCGUCGGAUUGUGCAGUUGUGCGCCAAUCCCAGCAUUCUGCGCUUUCUCACGCCCACAUCUGUGCUGGUGGCGCAGAAGGAUCACAAUAUCGUGCACGCGGACUUGUCCAACAACUACAAAUCCGUGCCGAAUGUGUUCAGUGGCCAUGAGAUGGAGAUCAUCGAGAUGGAGGUGUUUGCCAGGUCGUACUUGAUCUCUCUGGACGCCUCUGGUGUGAUGUAUUGCUGGUAUGUGGGCAGGGAUUGUGGUCGAAGGACGAAUAGGCGACAAUUCGCCGGUCAUGCGAACUACAGCAUUCACGAUGCCUACAAAUUUGAUCCGCUGCAGAAGAUUCACGUGCAGAAAUUGGUGUGUUUUCACACAUUCUUCGACGGACAGUCACAGAAGUUGCUCUGCGCUCUGGCCACGGGUCAGAUCAUCACGUACAACUGGCGUGAUGGACAGUUUGUGAUGUCACCGAGUGAGAAUUUCUUCACGCACUGUCAGAACAUCAAGUGUUUGCAGUACAUUGGCGGCAAGAAGUUGCUGGUGUUGGACAGUGAGGGAAAGAUUCGGUGCUUUAAUUUGCAGAAUCACGCCGAAGUGGGCUUCACGAAGAGACCAUGGGAUGACAAUGAGACCACUGCCAUUGCCAUACACUUCAAUGCACGCAAGAAGCUCAUCUACUACAUAUUCCCCCGGAAGAUACGUCAAAUCAAGAUCAAGUCAUCGAACUAUCCAUUCCUCCGUGUGAACUUCAUACGGGAGAUUUACACCACCGAGACGACAAUUGAAUGCAGCGCUCUGGCGCGCAAUGGACGCUUUCUGGUGUUGGGCACAAAGAUGGGGAUCAUUGUGUUUGAUUGCGCACGAAGAGUGGAAGUUGUGCAGAAUUGUGUCACUGAACGCGUGGCGUGCAUUGAUGUGUUCACAUCCAAGGAGAUCAUUGUGAUCUAUGGCAAUGACAGCACGAAGAACAUUGCCAACAUCUUCGAGAUCAACGUCCAGUCACAAUCCGCCACGCGUCUUCAGCCACAUCUCAGUGAAAUCAUCGUGCAGCACGACGACAACAAUCCACCAACUUUGUUGGCUGUGGACACGGCAAAGCACCUCCACGAGUACAAUAUUAGCGAUGCUAAAGACAUUGUUAAAGUCACCGAGAAGCACUGUUAUCAAUUCAGCAAUAUCACUGCCACUGCCAACAGUGAACACAAGACAAUCAUCUUCCUGGGCUGUGACGAUGGACGCAUUUGUCAGUAUAGCAGCAAUGGGAAUUGCGUGGAACUGGACAAUCUGGGGGCUUCCAUAGACUUUCUAAAGUCCAUCAAUGCUGUGCUGAUCGUGGGCACCAGCGUGACUUUCAGACUGCUCAACAAGGAGCCACACGAUGGAGGAAUAAGGAACUGCCAUGCUCUGGACGAGGAGCACAUUGUGGUGAUCACCAAGGGAAUGAAUGUUAAGAUCUUAAACAUGAACAGCAAUAUAGUAAUCUCAUCUUUCAACUGUAAUUCUGAUUCUAAGUUAGCCUUUUGUGAUUACGUUCAUCCAUAUCUCAUGACAUGCUCGAAACAACAAUCAAUGAUCAUUUAUCGCGUUGAGAUGAAUGGAGAAAUUGUGUCUUUUGCCAAAUUGAAGAACUUAGCGAAGAGAAUCGACAGCAAUGCAUCGUCAAUUGCAAUAUCGGCGCAGAAGGAGUUUCUCGCCGUGGGAUUUCUCAGUGGAAGUAUAAAUAUGUACGACAUUGGUGGCAACUUCAAACUCCUCCAGACGCUGCGAUCUCACCAGAGCGCCGUGACCCAGUUGGUGUUCUCGCCGUGGUGUGAGGCGAAUCGACCUCAAAUCCUUAUCAGUUUGGGUGAACAAAUUUGCUUCUGGAGUGUGGACUUUAUCGUGAACAAUGUGGUGGUGAACAAAGGAAGCGUCGUGAGUCAAUUGGCUGAGCGCACGCGGCGCUUGAGUUUGAGUGGUGAUGGCGAGAGUGCGUGGGAGGGAAGAAUGGGUGCUUCUGAGAAGCCAGAAUUGCUCUCAUGUGUGAAAUUUGCUGGAAAUUGUGCGACAAAGUUGCACUAUGAUAAGAAUUUCACGCGAUUCUUGGCAAUUGAUGACGAAGGAGAGAUUUACGUCCUGAUUCUCAAUGAUUGUCACAAUUUUAGAUGACAUCGAAUCCUUUUAUCCAUACGACUGAUUGUCUUUUACUCCUUUAUCUACAUUUUAAGCUCAAUACUUUGAUGUUCAAUCAGGUUGAAUAUUGCAUUUCUCAUUAUUAUUAUUAUUAUUUCUCAUAAUUGUAUACAAUAUUUUACAGUGAGAUUUUUUUUUCUUGUGCAACGAAUACAAACCGAGAAGAUUGUAGAAGAUUAUUGCAUUUUCCGCAUUUUGAUUUUCAAUACAAUUUUAGUGUGAAUUUUACUAUAUAUUUUAUCAUUUUUGUAUCUCUAUUGAAAUGUGUAUUUUUUACUCAAAUAUUCUAUCGAAUUGUAGCAGAUUUUUUUUUUCAACAAAAAUUGUAGGAACAAAAACCCCCUUUUAUAGAACAAUUUUUGUAUUUUAAAUAAAUAAUAAUAAAAUAUUUUGAGAU